GGGCCUUCUGCUCUAGUCACUUCCGCCUCCGGUUUCAUAUGAACUCUCCCGCCACCCGGGAUCAGUGGUUGUCAGCGUUUGUGUUUUCCAGAGUUUGGAUUCUUGCAGGUGACCAAGAUGGAGUUUACUGGAAAACUGCGGAGGAUGCAGUGGUUAGCAGGUGACCAGAGAAGCGCUUCCUACCCUCAUUGCCUUCAGUUUUACUUGCAGCCGCCUUCUGAAAACAUAUCUUUAAUAGAAUUUGAAAACUUGGCUAUUGAUAGAGUUAAAUUGUUAAAAUCAGUUGAAAAUCUUGGAGUGAGCUAUGUGAAAGGAACAGACCAAUACCAGAGUAAGUUGGAGAAUGAGCUUCGAAAACUCAAGUUUUCCUACAGAGAAAACUUAGAAGAUGAAUAUGAACCACGAAGAAGAGAUCAUAUUUCUCAUUUUAUUUUGCGCCUUGCCUAUUGCCAGUCGGUCCUGAGGGCUGUUAGGCGAGGGCAGGUGAAGCUGGUUACGUCAUUGCCUGUCUCAUUGAAAACAGCAUUUAAUGCUUUGUAUUGGCUCUUGAUAUAUGGAGUUUGGAUUAUGGAAGACAGAUUUGCUGCUAUUAUGACACUUUGCUUAAGGAAUGAGAGCAUCGUGGUGAAUGCAAACGUUGAUAAAAGGUGUGCUUGCUAUACAAAUGUAUCUUUUAAGAUAAGUGAUAAAGAGAAGACUCUUCGAGAACAGGAGAUUAUUGCCUCAUCACCAAAUUUAAAUGGAGUUAAGUCGGAGUCCAUUUAUAAGAUCCCUUUUGCUGAUGCUCUGGAUUUGUUUCGAGGAAGGAAAGUCUAUUUGGAAGAUGGCUUUGCUUACGUACCUCUUAAGGACAUUGUGGCAAUCAUCCUGAAUGAAUUUAGAGCCAAACUGUCCAAGGCUUUAGCAUUAACAGCCAGGUCCUUGCCUGCUGUGCAGUCUGAUGAAAGACUUCAGCCUCUGCUAAACCACCUCAGUCAUUCCUACACUGGCCAAGAUUACAGUACCCAGGGAAAUGCUGGGAAGAUUUCUUUAGAUCAGAUUGAUUCGCUUUCUACCAAAUCCUUCCCACCUUGCAUGCGUCAGUUACAUAAAGCCUUGCGGGAAAAUCACCAUCUUCGUCAUGGAGGCCGAAUGCAGUAUGGCCUAUUUCUGAAGGGCAUUGGUUUAACUUUGGAACAAGCAUUGCAGUUUUGGAAGCAAGAAUUUAUCAAAGGAAAGAUGGAUCCAGACAAGUUUGAUAAAGGUUACUCUUACAACAUCCGUCAUAGCUUUGGAAAGGAAGGCAAGAGGACAGACUAUACACCUUUCAGUUGCUUGAAGAUCAUCCUAUCCAAUCCACCAAGCCACGGGGAUUAUCAUGGGUGCCCAUUCCGUCACAGUGAUCCGGAGUUGCUGAAGCAAAAGUUGCAGUCAUACAAGAUCUCUUCUGGAGGGAUAAGCCAGAUUUUGGAUUUAGUAAAGGGAACGCAUUACCAAGUAGCCUGUCAGAAAUACUUUGAGAUGAUACAUAAUGUGGAUGAUUGCGGCUUUUCUUUGAAUCAUCCUAAUCAGUUCUUUUGUGAGAGCCAACGUAUUCUAAAUGGUGGUAAAGACAUAAAGAAGGAACCCAUCCAACCAGAAACUUCUCAACCCAAACCAAGUAUCCAGAAAACCAAGGAUGCAUCAUCUGCUCUGGCGUCUUUAAAUUCCUCUAUGGAAAUGGAUAUAGAAGGACUAGAAGAUUACUUUAAUGAAUGAUUUUUAGGCAAUUUAGUAACCCUUUUUCCUCAAUAGCUUUCAUUUCCUGUUUGUAAGAUUUCACCUUCUUUGUAACUGAAAAAAGAUUUCACUCUGUCACCCAGGCUGGAGUGCAGUGGCACAGUCACAGCUGAUUGCAGCCUUAACCUUCCCAGCUCAAGUGGUCCUCCUGCCUCAGCCUCCUGAGCAGUUGGGACCACUGAUGUGUACCCCAUACCCAGCUAAUUAAAAAAAAUUUUUUUUUUGUAGAGAUGGAGGGCUCCCUCUGUUGCCCAGGUAGAUCUCAAACUCGGGGGCUCAAGCGAUCCUCACACCUCAGCCUCCCAAAGUGCUGGUAAUACAGGUGUGAGCCACUGUGCCUGGCCUUUUUCUUUUUUUAAUCUUUUUGUUUAACUUCUCUCUUUACUGCAUUCCAGUCCAUCUACAUGUAUGCAUACAUUUAUUAGGAAAGCAGGUUUGAGGUAAAAACAAAGACCUUCACUGUAUUUUGCUUUGACAGAAGAAAAGAGGAAGAGUUUCUGUUAAAAUCUAUCAAUCACUUGAAUGGUGCCAUUUAAGUCCUGUUCUAGGAGAUAAAAAUAGCUUUGGGGACUGGUUAAAGUCCCCCAGAAACUGUAAUAAAGUUAAGAACAAAUUUGAUUUUAAGUCUUAUCACUUUGUAAUUUUGACUCAGUCCUUUUCUGGACCAUUUUUGUUAAUAUCAAAGUGUACAUGACAGUGUUUGUGUAUAAUUGGGAGAGCGUAUUAUGUCAUAACAGAUUGGACAUUACCUCAGCUUUUAAAGUAGUAAUUUGGAAUAUCCAACACACUGCUAAUCACCAAUGAAGAUUUUAAAUGUUUUUCUUUCUUUUUUUGGCCUACUUGUGGUUAUUGUACAUCAGGCACCUUUGAGAGGCAGCAAGCUCUCCUGAGUGAACUGUGUCUUGGGAAUUAAAAGAAAUAAGAGUUUGUAUAGCUUAUAUUUAUUAAGGAAUGACAGGAAUAUUUUAUUAUGUAAAAUAAUGGCACACCUUGUCUGCUGCCAUUACUCUGGGGGCAGGUUCCUGAAGAAUGGACAAUUACCAAGCAAGAAGGUUGUACAUCUAAAGUGUUUAUUUUACCAUCCAACUUCCAUACCUUAUUACUCCUGUAGUUGUUGUCAACUACCAAAUAGAUUCAGUAAAUUAACUUCAAUAAUGAAUAUUCUGAUACUUAUAGUAACCGCCUCCUUUCAGUGCCAGCAAUAGAAUUUAACAAAUGUGGAUGAUUACAGACAUAUGGGAUCAGUGCCCUGUUCUCUCUGCCAAGGAGGUAAGUUGAGGUUGAUGGUCCCUGGCACGUACGCCUUGUAGGGCAGUCGUGGUUGCCCUUGUCUAACUAAGGAUUUCCUCCCGGGACUCUCCUCACUCACCAAGAGGAUUUGGGGUGCUCAGGAAAUCCGGUUUGAAGCAUAGUUCUUCCUCAUCUGUUACCUUGGAGUGUGUGAAAAAUAUUAGUCUAUUUCUGUCUUCUUUUCCUGUAAAGAGGGAUACUUAUUUUAUCCUUUUGAAUCAGAUACUAACUAAAUUGAAAAGAGGACACUGUAUCAGAAAACUAGACUGUUAGAAGCACCAUGUUUUCAAUCAUGUGAUAAACCAUCAAGAUGAAAAGGAUUAAAUAGCAUCAGAUCAUCAGAAACUAAAAAUGUCAACUAAUUGAGUUUUUAUUUUAGGCUUCUGAGUCAAAAAUUUCUUGGAAUAUUUAGCAACAUAUAGUUAAAUGAGAUACUAUCUAAACUUUCACUUGUCUUGGUGAAUUAUUAUUACCUAGUUCAGAAAAUAGUAUUAUUCCACUACAAAUUACACCUAUAAAUCUCCGCCUUCUGAAACCAUCUGCUACUCCCUUCAUCAUUUGUAGUUCUCAACAGGAAUCUGAUGAUGGCCUACCACUUGAUCCAUGGACUGCAAAACCACAAGUCCUUAAAAAAAA